UACGCCGCUGAUGACGUGUCUGUGUUGUGUUUCGGUCUGGUCUGAUUGGCUGACGGCUGCUAUGGCCGUCCAUUGUAUUGCGCCUUGUGGGCGAGGCUAGCGCACGUGCGGAGUGGCACGGAUUUGGCUCUCCGUUUGACGAUCGCGCUGUACUGUUUAGUGUUGUUUUGGCGAGCCAGAAUUCGCUCAUUAAAAGUUAGCAAUUAGCUACGCGGCAUCGCGUGUUAUUUCGCUGCUCGCAAUACAUGUAGCAUUGCUCGCUACGCGGAAUCAGUUCUGUUCUGGUUGCCGUACGUAGAUAACUUUGAUCUAUCAUCAGACGGUAGCAGAUCGUAACGGUUCUCAAUUGAUUUGAUUUGAAUUGUUUUAUAUUUGAUUUGACUGUCAGGCAAAUCUGGCCUGUUUACCAGUAAGGCACUGGUGUGUGCGGAAUAGCAACGCGCAACACCACAAGCGGUGCACCUUCCUCAUCGACGGAUUACCAGCUUUGGCAUCGGUGCAGCGUCUCCCGAGGGGACCUGUGGUGUAACCAGUGCUGUGAAAGAGUGCAAGAGUCUCAGACGGCGGGCAGUGUCGGUGCAAGUAUCUCCAGACGGAGAACUUGCGCUGUAGCUCCUGCUACUCGGCGAGAAUCCCACAAAGGCGGCGAAACGCUAAAAGAGGCGCACGGAUCAUCGGUUAAAUCAGACUCCACCAAACUGGUUGUAAAGCACCUCGCUGUUGCUACGGCAGUCAGCCGGCACAGCACCUAUUAGGAAGGCGCCACAACCGCUACGGAAAAGCGGCAACGCGGGAGCUGAGUGUGGAGAAGAAUCUUGAUCAUUUGGAGCGUUUUCUCGUGGAACGGACGGUUAACAGAUUCAAGCGGGACAAUGGCACAGAAAGGUCAAGCCAACCGACGAAGUCAGGCAGCACUUCCAAUGGACGUCGAUCAGUCUACGGGCUACAAUCCUAAGUGUCCGGACUGUCGACGGAAUAACAAGAAAGUUGAUAAGAAAUUCCCGUGCUACAAGUGUGUUUACAAGUUGGGGGAUCAACACACCGUUCACCUCGUUGGACUCACGGAAGCUAGACGUGGCAAUAUGGAUGUAUUUCGGAACCUCAUCAGCGCGAGGAAUUACGGCAGCAUCCCAGUUGAAGAGAGGAUGUUACUCGAGGAUCUUUACCGAGAAGCGAUCCAGACAGAACAAGGAAAGUGGUUGGGAUGAGACUAUGGAACCACUGAAAUGUCCAGAGACGGAUGCGUGCCGCAAAAAGUUUAAUGAAGAUAAAGAGAAAAUGCGGCUGAAACAAAUGGAGGAUGAAAUUCGCGCGCGAAUCAACGAAGAAAAUAAACGGUCGAGCGAACAUGCGGCGCGUGAAAAUCAAGCAUUCUUGGCUAAACAAGGAAAAGAGCCAAUCCCGUUGUCGAAGCUGAAUGAUGAUGAGGCGAAAGUCAGAGUAGAUUCCCUCAUCUUACAAAUCGAUGCGUUGACGAAGGACCCGAUGGCUAUUCGGGCAGAUGUUCUCAAUGUGUUCCUACGGGAAAAGAUGAGACUUCAACGAGAUGAAGCACCGACACCGUCAACAAAGAUGUUAACACAGAAAAUGACGGAAGAGGCCCGAAAGACUCGCCAAACACAACAGGAAGUGAUGAAGGCGUUUCAAAGCUUCAAACGGGAACAUGGAUUUGCGCGCCCUCAAUCGCCCCCGAUGAGAGAAAGGUCACGCGGACAUUCACGUGAACAUGAACGGACCUACGACCGAAGAAAUGAAAGGUCACAUGAACAUUAUCGUGAAAGGACACGGGAUUACCGUAAGGAACGGUCACGCGAACGUUCUAAUGAUCGGCAUUACCGUGGCGGACGAGGCUGGGUACGUCAUGGCAACGAAAUCACCGAAACUGGUAUUCAAAGAAGAUCAACACGGCGAAGAUCCUGUCGGCGACACGAAAACGCGAAGAAAAAAGAAGAGAAGAAGUGCUCCGGACAGAGCCUGAAAAACAAGGUCAUCAGGUGCCGAUGGGAGUCGCGUUCUGCAACCGUAACGUCAGAAUGGACACACCCAAAAGGUCACGUGACAGCAGACGCAAGGACACGCGGAGGGGAAGUCCAACUCCAUAUGAUAAAGGUUGGCAAGAGGAAGCCGCAUAUUUCGCUGGAUUCGAAUCGAAGAAAAGGUCAUCAAGCAGAGAGCGGGAAGAUACACCAUCGAAACAUCAGCGGGUGUAUUCGACAGUUCACAUAGUGGACCCAUUCGUGAGCGCCGCACAAGAAGAUGAACCGAUGGAAAUGGCAACACAAGAAAAUGUCGUUCAUCGGCGGAAUGUUAUUUUGGAUAGCGUCCGCCAACCGUCAUCAUCGGCGAGCAAAGAGCCGCCGCAACACGACCAAGAAAAGCAACGAGCACAAGAAGGUCAACGCGAACCGGACAAUCGACGCGGAAAUGAUCGACGGGAGAACAAGACUUCCAGAUUCGACGACCGGAACCGAAGACCUGAGUUGAUCAACAUGGAUUACAAUAUGGAUGACAUCGAUGAAAAAAGGGCAGAGAUUUGUCGACAUCUUGGAAUCGAUAUUGAGUGUUCAGGCCACGCAGAUUCUGAACAGCUUAAAUCACUUACGACAGUUUCUACAGGACUCAGGUUAUGCGGAGGAGUUGCGACGAGGGAUAACCAGUCGAGUGCGUAUCCUCCGUAAAUCGGCGCUGACUUAUUACCCUCCCAUCCGACAGAAUGGAUUGAACAGUUUACUGGACUUGAAUCUGCUGAAUGUGCCACCGGACACAAUCGACACUAUCGGAAUGACACAGUUUUACUACAUCGAUCACCCAGAACGACGGGAAUACGUGGCGCAGUUCGUUUUACGACACGUGAACCCGGCCUUUAAGGGGAUUGCCGCAAGGGCAGCGAUAGGAUAACAGGUGGAUCCUGGAUCGCAUAAUGAGAAGAGGACGGGUCAGAAGAUUUUUGCUGCGCGAUUGGCACAUUACCAGUCGCAGAAUGACCUAGUGUCUAACACUAUGACAGACGAAUUACCACAGACUCUACGAGCCCAGGUUUUCAAAUUAGGAAUGCCCAUGAAACACGUCGGGAUAGCCCACACGGCUAAAUCAAUGCUGAGGAAAUUGAAGAUUCGAAUGGAAAAGGGUAACCUCACACAGCGACUUGCAUCACAAGUUCAGGAGCGGACCGACCGAAUCAAAGACACCACCGGUGGUGACUACGUUGAACCGGCGGAUGGUGUUAACGACUUUAUAACGGAAUUCCUCGUGAACAAAAGUGACCGACGCCCUGAACACGCUCCAAAUCAAAUUGGAAAACGUGGCAUCCGGAACCAGCAUAUUCGAGAUAAUUACGCGGACAUACAACGUCGUUUAGCGGAUGACCCUAAUAACCGAAGAUUGCAACUGGAAGAAUACGAUGCGAGGCACCAACUUGAAGCGAUUAAGCGGAAUCGACAAGGGGAAAGGUCGCGGCCAGCGACAAGUUAAUGCGGAAAAGGUCAUGGGAGUUGAAUCGGCAGAACCAGUUGACCGAACCUCUGACCAAAAUCAGGUAGCGGCUACGAGAAAACGCCCGCCACGAGAUAAAGAUGGUGAGGGCGACUCAAAUGAGAUGCAAGAAUAGUGCAGGUUGUCGAUAUGAUCUCACUAACAAAAAGAUGCGUCUACGGCAAUUGUCGGUACGCACAUAAUGGUAUUGUAUGAAGAACGACGUAACGUAUUAACAUAAAUUGUAUUCGUGUAUUGUUGUUUUCAGCGUUUCACAUUGCAGGAAAAGUCAAAUUGCGGGAGUAGCUCUACGGCGAACAGUCGGUUCAGUCUCAUUAUAAAUGGUGAAGGUCACAAAUGACUGAAAAAGAGAAAGAAAUCAUGUGGAGUAUUUUGGGGUUGAAAUUUAUUCGGUCUACACAGCCGGCCCCAAGGGAGUUGUUACGGCAUACAGCCGGCUCUCCUCUCCAACGAUUCAGUGUCAAAACUUUAACGAGAGAAACUACGGUAAUCAAGCCGGAUCUCUUGUUACGAAGGUGGGCCACAAGCGGCGAAAAAGAGAAAGACAGCAGGUGGAGUACUUUGGGGUACAUUUAAUACGGUAAUUAGCCGGCCAAAUCGGAGAUGCAACGGUGAACCUUGCCGACACUCUGGCCGCUCGAGGCGAAGUUGGAAUGGAUGUGCGACGUAAAGGUUAACUUGAAAGUUUAACCAGGGGGGCAAGCGAAGAAAUGCUUGAAAGUCGUCAAAAUCGACUAAGUUCCUCCAUGACCUUUGAUGGAAGUAAAGGCUGGAUGACCUUUGGGACCAUUACUGCCCAACAGAGUCAUAAAUGUGGAAUUAAAGUCACAGGACCUUUUGGAACCAUUGCCCAAUUGAGUCGCACAUCCCGGAUCAUCUCUACAAUGGAUGACCUUUACCAGGGAGGAAGCGAAUCACGCUUGUCUUCGACGACAUCCCUCCAUGACCUUUACGGAUCAGUAUUAAGUCUUACGCCGAUACGCACCAUAUUCUAAAGAUGAAGCAGUAUUCCUUAAGUCGUACUUGAUACGCACCCGAUUCUCAAAGCGGAUUUGUGAUGGAAAGUCGCAUUAUAUAUGCACGGAAUUGCUCAACAGGGGGGAAUGGGCCAAACUGCCAUAAACGGUGGACAGGACCAGUGACCUUUAAGAGUCAAUGGAGGAUCCUAGUCUACAUUGCUUAAACUUCUGUUGAUUUGUUUCUGCGGUGUUGAUAGUAUUUUUAUAAGAGGAUCUCUUUAUUCACAUCGUGUUUAUGGAAUUGUACAUAAAGGAAUUGAUGUGAUAAAAUGGACUAAGAGAUUCAAUGUUUUUAUUAGCAGUCGAACACACACAGACAGUGGCGACCUUCGUCUUUUCGUGGAUUUGGAGGAUGUUGAGCCUCAACGGAACUCGGCCUCCCCCAGAGGCAUGCGAGCGAGGGAUCACUUGCGUUCACACUCGCGACGCUACGCCGCUGAUGACGUGUCUGUGUUGUGUUUCGGUCUGGUCUGAUUGGCUGACGGUUGCUAUAGCCGUCCAUUGUAUUGCGCCUUGUGGGCGAGGCUUGCGCACGUGCGGAGUGGCACGGAUUUGGCUCUCCGUUUGACGAUCGCGCUGUACUGUUUAGUGUUGUUUUGGCGAGCCAGAAUUCGCUCAUUAAA